GAGCCAGUCAGUCUGUUAGUUAGUAAGUGAACGCGAAUCAAAGCAAAUGGUCGCCAGUAGUCGCGUGCGGAGAUCGGCAGACCGCGAAAAAAACCAAAAAUAGUUGUAAAAGUCAAAAUCGAAAAAAAAAAUUCUAUUUCCCCUGAAUAUUCAAUUUUCCCGAUAAUUGGUUUCAUUGUGAUAAUUAAUUUUUCACAUACGAACGAACGAAAACACACACACAACAAGACACACUCGUGUGUGUGUGUGUGUGUCUUAUAGACGGGUAGUGCUCAAAAGUCAGAAUUUUCAUAUGCAAAUGAAUGUAUAAAGCUCGGCUGUUGAUGGUGAUGAUGAGGUCCAUUAAUUGGACUUAAUGAAAGAAAAAAAAACAGCAACAAAACGCCAGUUACAGCAAUCUUAGUUUAAGCAAAAAAAAAAAUUAGAACGUAAAUAAAAAAAUAAAGCGAAAUAGUUAAAUUAGAAAAAAAUUCAAAAAAAUGUCUAAUCAUGAGCGUUUGAGAGAGGAAAUGACACAAAAACGUGACUUGCCCACAAUGGCAUUGCCCCAGGUGCACCACACCAAUUCCCUGGGCUAUGGCAGUCGCACAUUUUCCAUAUCAUCUGCAUCCACACAGACCUAUGGCUCCCGUUUGGGUUUGGGAGUUAAUGCCCAGACUGGCCGUCUGCAGUGGUGCCCCGGUUUUACCUGUUGCAAACUUUUGAUUAUCCUUCCAGUCAUAAUGCUACCCAUCACCUUGGUACUCAUACUGCUGAUGCGCAUGGAUGGCAUGUUAAUGGCCUUGCAAAUGCAUCAACACCAUCAUCAUCAUCACCAUAGGCAGCCAUACGAUCAGGAGGCCCCCCUGUAUCUGGAGGAUUAUGAGGGAGUUUUGGACAAUGAUCCCUAUCAGGAUAUGAUCAACGAACAAUUGCUGAUACCGCAUGAGAAAAAACGCCUCAGCGAUGAGGAGCGCAUGAAACGCUGCAUAUCUUUUCGCUUUGGCCUCAGCGAAACCAUCGAUAUGGAGGAUCGCCAUAUAAUGAAGGAGGCCCGCACCUCUUUUCUGCCCCAAGAUACCACGGUGAUACCGCGCGAGUGUUUGGACAGUAUUGGCGGGAAUGGCCAUAUCAAUUACAACGACUACGAUUUGGAUGCCUUGCUCCACUCAUAUGGCGUGCGAAGAAGAAUUCGCCGAGAGCAAUCUUUACCCGAGGAACAAGUCAACAAUGAAGCCUCCACUGUAGAAGAAGUGGGAGCAGCCGAGGAUAUCGCUGUGGAAAGUGAAGCGCCUUCGAUAGCGGAAAGUUCGGCUCUGCAAUCUUUUUGGAAUGAGCAGGGCACCAAGGAGAGCUUAAGGGAGGCCCAAGCCCGCACCAUGAAAGAGUACAUGGACACCUCAGUGGAGCCUUGUGAUGAUUUCUAUCAGUAUGUCUGUGGCAAUUGGGAGAAGUAUCAUCCCAUACCCAAGGAUAAGGCCGGCUUCGAUACCUUCGAAAUGCUGAGGGAAAAUCUGGAUCUGGUUUUGCGGGAGCUGUUGGAGUCCAAGGUGCACGCCAAGAAAGUCCAACACAUUGUCUCCAAUACCUAUGACCAAUUACCCAAUACCCAGGCGGAUAUAGUGAGACCUUAUCAAUCCGAAACUGAUGAGGAACAACGUAGGGAAAAAUUACUUCAAAGUUUGGUGGCUGAACGAGAGGUGCUGGAUCACAUACUCAAGCGUUAUAAGCGCCAAGACCAACUGUUUACCAAUACCAAAAAGAAACGCUUCACCUCUUCGGCGGUGUCACAACACAAUGCCACUGAAAACCUGGGUAUUUAUUCGCACUAUAGGCAAAAAUCCCCGGCACACUUACCCAGUGUGAAACAGACGUCAGAUGCUGGCAAUGAUGCCCAAGUUAAGGCCCGUCAUCUUUAUCAGUCCUGCACCAACAUCAAAUUGCUGGAGAAGAGAGGCAUACAACCCCUGCUGGAGCUGGUGGAUAGUUUGGGGGGCUGGCCUGUUUUGGAUGACCACUGGAGGUCGGACAACUUUGAUUGGCUCAACCUUACCGCGCAUUUGCGCCGCUACAACAACGAUAUUCUCAUAGUGCAAUGGGUUGGUCCCGACAUCAAGAACUCCGAUGAGAACAUCAUACAGUUCGAUCAAACCAAUUUGGGUUUGCCCACCCGCGAAUAUUUCCUGCAGGAGGUCAAUGCCAAAUAUCUGCAUGCCUAUCAACGUUUCAUGGCCGAUAUCAUGCAUAAGCUGGGGGCCAAAAAAGCCAAAGCCGUUAAAGUGGCAGCAGAUUUGAUCAGCUUUGAGACCCAAUUGGCCUCCAUAACCGCUCCUGCCGAAAAGAGAUUGAAUGUCACAAAACUCUACAAACGCAUGACUCUCGGUGAUCUGCAUGACCUCAUACCUCAAAUCGAUUGGAUUCGCUAUCUUACAGUGCUGCAGCAAAGAACUAUACAGGAUACCGAAGAGGUGGUCAUCUAUGCCACCGAAUACAUGCAGGAGUUGGUCAAUCUCUUGGAUGGCACAGAUCCCGAAUUGAUUGCCAAUUAUUUGCUGUGGCGUUUUGUGCGCCAUCGCAUCAACAAUGUCGAUGAUCGCUUUGAUGACACCAAGCAAACCUUCUAUCACACCCUCUUUGGGCGUGAGGAGAGUCCCUCGCGCUGGAAGGUUUGCAUAUCCCAAGUCAAUACCAAUCUGGGCAUGGCCUUGGGCUCCAUGUUUGUGCGCAAAUAUUUCGAUGAGAACAGCAAACAGGAUACGCUGCGUAUGACACAUGAAUUGCAGCAGGCUUUCCGUGAGAUCCUCAAGACCACCGAUUGGCUAGAUCCCCAAACCAAACUCCUGGCCGAGCUUAAGGUCAAUGCCAUGUCUUUAAAAAUCGGUUAUCCCGACUUCAUACUCAACACCGACGAGCUCAAUGAAAAAUAUGCCGGCAUUGACAUUGAUCCCGAUAAGUAUUUUGAAAAUACCCUCAAUGUGCUGUUGCACACCACACGCACCGAACAGAAUAAGCUGCAUGAGCCGGUGAAUAAAACCACUUGGCAGACGGCUCCGGCCAUAGUCAAUGCCUACUAUAGUCGCAAUAAAAAUCAAAUAAUGUUCCCUGCUGGUAUUUUGCAACCACCCUUCUAUCAUCGCCAUUUUCCCAGAGCCUUGAAUUUUGGCGGCAUCGGUGUGGUCAUAGGCCAUGAGUUGACACAUGGCUUCGAUGAUAAGGGACGUCUUUUCGAUCGCAAUGGCAGCAUACACAAGUGGUGGACGGACUCAUCGAUCAAGGGCUUCGAUGAGAGGGCGCGAUGUAUUAUAGCACAAUAUGGCAACUAUACGGUGGGCGAAGUGGGCAUAGCGCUCAAUGGUGAAAGCACUCAAGGUGAAAAUAUAGCUGAUAAUGGGGGUAUACGCCAAGCCUUUCAUGCCUAUAAAAAAUGGCUUCUCGACAAUCCUGGGGAAGCCCAAGAUGAACAUUUACCCGGCAUCAAUAUGACAGGCGAGCAGUUGUUCUUCCUCAAUUUCGGUCAAGUGUGGUGUGGUGCCAUGCGACCGGAGGCAGUGCGAAAUAAACUCAAUACAGCCAUCCAUAGUCCGGGAAGAUUUCGAGUCAUUGGCACUGUUUCGAAUUCACCUGAUUUUGCCAAAGAAUUCAAUUGUCCAUUGGGUUCACCCAUGAACCCUUUACACAAGUGCAGUGUAUGGUAGUGUUAGUAUAACAACGUAUUGUAGUUGAAAUCAAAGUAAAGGAGAAUGCCUCACAACUAAAAUAGACUUUAAACGACAUAAACAAUUUGGAAGACUUCAGAACCAGAAAUUAUUUUAAGGCUCCCAUUGCGGCAGGCAACCUAAACAUUGGGGACAAUGUCAUCAUUUUUCAUUGUCCGACAUAGUUUAUUUUCUAUUUUUUCGACGUCGUACGUUUGCUGUAAAUCUCAUCAACAUCAAAACAAAAAUCACCGAAAUUGUCUGUAAACAAACGCUGGCCCACCAUCAUAACAACAACAAUAACAAAAACAUACCUUUGACAAAAUGUUUUUUGUUCAUAGGUUUUUGAAACGAAAAAAAAAACGAAAUUGAAGUGUUGGCUCAUGUUGAGCCUUCGAGGUUGAGUUUUCAUUUAAAUUGUCAUCAAUUUAAAUUGUUUGCUGCUUGCGAGUGAUGAUGCUGCUGCUGGCGCUGACUUUGCUGUCUGUAUACACUACACUGUGUUAAUGUUACUGCUGCUGCGACAGUCAUGAUGAUGAUGUCUAUUAAGUUCCCAUACAACCACAAACAAAUAAAAAUAAAUCUUUCAAAUGAUUUCCAAACCUUCAAAAUCUAAUAGACAAUCUGCAUAACAUGCGAUAACAUUUUUCAUUGCCAAGAAAAAAACACAGCAAUAGGACAAUUAAAUUUCGUUUUCAUAUUACAAGAGAUGCAACACUAUGUGCCACAAACCAAAUGUAUUAUUGAAAAAAAAAAAAUACAAAUCUUUAACCAGUAAAUAUGUAGUGCUGAAUUUAUUUU